AUGACGAUUUCCUUAACGGAAGAUCUAUGGACACUUAUACUAUCGAGACUACCGCUAAAGAGCAUAGCCACUAGCAAAUUGGUAUGCAAGCACUGGAAAUCAAUCGCUGAAUCUCAGUUUCUUCGUAAGCAUUUCCUCUCUCACCAUCAAAACUCGCACUCUUCGUGGUCGGUCAUGUGGAGAGACGGACGGAACAAAAACGCACCUGAAGAAGUCGUUGCUCACUACGGAUGCGACGUUUGGGGGCUUCCACGGUCCCUUGGCUCUUACGUCUCCUCUUUCAUAAACAGCAUGACAACGACGAAAACACAAGAGGUUAGAGUCUUGGCUUACACGGAAGUCGGAUUGAUUCUGAUCAUUUAUUAUUUCAAUCCCACAGGACUCGUCACAAGGAUUGAAAACGGUGAACUUUUAGGUUACAAGGUUGUCCUGAUGGAUUCAAGUAAAUGUGGAAAAGGUGUCUUAAGUUUACUGAUAUAUUCAUCUGAGACAUGCAAGUGGAGUUUUAAAACUCUCCGUUCUUCUCUCCCUUUGAGCCUUGUUUAUUGGCAACAAUCUGUUAGCAUGAGCGGAAACCUACACUGGGCCGGCACGACCGCAGACAAGAAAUACGCUAUUGUAUCCCAUGAUUUCUACGCUACUGGCACGGAGUCUGAUCGAUGCAGGGUUACAAUUAACCCUGAUGUAGAAAAUUUUAAGGAUGAUUACAAAGGAGGAGUUUGGACAAGUUCUCAAGGAUUUCUCAUGCUUAUGAACAUAUUGGAAGAGGAUAAGCUAAAAGUAUGGAGGCUAAAAAGUGGGGAAUGGGAACACGUAUCUCAGAUAUCUUCGGUUUGUUUUAAGCCCGAUUUCAAUGACAUUUUUCCGCUGGCGAUGAACCGUUUUGAUGGUGAAACAUUGUACCUGUCGAGCGAGAAUCAUAAACGUCAGAAGCGUAAACGUUUGGUAUCUACUAACUUAUACAACAAAGGCAAGCUUGGACUUCAUAACAAGUUGGAACGUACCAGCGACGGUCUCACUUUGAGUUUUACAAUGGCAAGUUCGAUAAUGGAAAGAAGUAUCUAUGAUUCAGAGCUUUGCACGUUUGUUCUCCCGCGUUGGCUUUAUCGAAUCCCUUCCUCGCCGUCCUGA